UUGCCAACUCUUACUUCAAGAUAUGAGUAAUGAUAUAACGUUUGUGCAACUGCAAGGGUUGGGCCUGAUAGGAAAAAUAAUAACUGGGCCAUGGAUGAGUCUGGUUUAUAAAAAUGCAACAGGAAAGAGUAAUCUUGAGUUUGGUGACAUUUUCCAGAAAGCAAUAAGGAAACUAGCUUACUUCAAAAGUAAUCCAGAACCAAUUCUUUACACGGAUGUGGAUAUUUUUAGUCAAGUAUUAAAUGUUAAAGAAGAUAAGGUACACCAAUCCCUUCGUGUAAUAAAAAAUAAAAAUAUUUUGGUAAAGAUUUUAUCAGCUUUGAUAAGCUACACAGAGACAGUUCUCAAAAGACAGAUGGCCAGGUAUUUGACUGGCAAUCUCUCAAAUCCAUCUAAAGAAUUGAUAAAAACCACACUAUCUGCUCCACCUCAUACAAUGGAGGCUGAAAGGAUCUUGGGCAUGCUUGAUUUUUUUUUUUGUGUCUUGCUCCUAAUGCUACUUUUGGUUUUCUGGAUUCUAAAAUAAAAGUCAGAGUAAACUAAACAUUAAUAUGCCUUGAUGAGAAAACAUUGCCAGAACAAGAAGACCUAAUUUAAUUUGCGAUUCGCAGAGGAGCUUUACCGUGUCAAGCCUCUAAAAAUUUUAAUAAUCUUUUGUAUGAAGAAAUAGGAAAAAGAUGCACCAAAGCUAAUUUAAAAAAAGAACUUCUGGAAAGAAAGCAACUAGAGAAGGAUGUUAAAAGACCAAUAACUGAAAAUGCCAAAACCACAAAUCCUCUUUUUGUUAAUAUUGAUGAAAAACAAAAACAAACUUUAGGAGUAAUUUUAAAAAAAUGGAAACUUGAUUGGGCAGCUCUUAAGCCAUAAAUGGGAGCUAGAUGAUGGCAAUAUACCUUUGUUUUUAGUAGAAUUGUUGAUCAAAAGUUAACAACAAAAAAAAAAAGUCAAUUACAAACACAAUAGGAUAUUGGAAAGUCAAUGAAGAUGAAGCUGAAGAUAUUGACAUAAGCCAGGAAGGAGUUAUAGCAGAUCUAAUACUUAAAGACCUUUAAAAAUUGCUAUAAUAUAUUAGGCAUUAAUAUCUUUUAUUUU